UAUAUUUUCAUCUUUUAUAUAAAGUUAUGCGUUUCAGAUAGCUCCAAUGACCAAGUCCGCGUGCCGAAUGUUAUCGCAUUGGUCGGUUUGCCGGCAAGAGGAAAGACGUAUAUCUCCCACAAGCUAUGCCGUUAUUUGAAUUGGAUCGGUAUUAAAACGAAAGCGUUUAAUGUUGGGGAGUAUCGUCGUAAAGCUUGUGAUUUGGAAGCUGGAGGGGAAGCCGAUUUCUUCAGUCCAGACAACGCAGUAGGCACGCAAAUACGAGACGAAUGCGCUCGUUUGGCUAUCGAAGAUAUGGCACGAUACCUAGACGCUAACGAGGGAGAGGUGGCGAUUCUGGAUGCUACGAACACGACUCGUGCUCGCCGUCGAUUGCUCAUAGAGUACUGCCAAAGAUCUGACCUGUCACAGAGCUUUCGUGUAUUUUUCGUCGAAAGCGUCUGCGAUGAUCCAGACAUUAUUAAUUCCAACAUUACGGAAGUCAAGAUCAACUCUCCAGAUUACAAAGGAAAAAUGACACAAGAACAGGCGAAAGAGGACUUUGUCAGAAGGAUUGAGAAUUAUAGGUUGCAGUAUGAGCCGAUAGAUGAGGACAUUGACGACGCACUUUCAUUCAUCAAGGUGAUAAAUGCCGGAAAGUCGUUCUACGUUCACAAUGUGAAAGGUCAUAUCCAAAGCAGAGUUGUGUAUUUUCUGAUGAAUAUUCAUCUGUUACCACGCAGUAUCUAUCUCACUCGUCAUGGUGAAAGCGAAUACAACCAGAUUGGAAGAUUGGGAGGAGACAGUCCUUUGAGUGAAAACGGCCACAAAUAUGCUCAGAAACUCAAAGAAUAUUUUAAGAAAGAGUCUUUGAAGGACUUGAGAGUCUGGUCAUCACAGAAGAUACGCGCUGCACAGACGGCCAUGUGCAUGCGAGAUUUGGCCGCAAAUGUCGAAUACUGGAAAGUGCUCGAUGAAAUUGAUGCGGGCAUUUGUGAAGGAUUGACUUACGAGGAUUUCGAAGAGCGGUAUCCGAAACAGUUUGCCGAACGUGAUCGAGAUAAAUACCAUUACAGAUACCCAAGUGGUGAAAGCUAUGAAGAUCUGGUGGCACGGCUUGAGCCUGUGAUCAUGGAACUCGAACGUCAGUCUGACGUCCUCGUUAUUUCUCACCAGGCGGUUCUUCGUUGCAUCCUGGCAUAUUUUACCAACAAAAAUCGCGAAGAGCUGCCUUACCUCAAGGUACCGCUUCACACUGUGAUAAAACUCACACCGAAAGCGUAUUCAUGUGAAGUCGAACUAUUCAAAUUCGACAUACAAGCAGUGAAUACGUAUCGUGAGAAACCUGGACAUCCGAGCGCUGGCGAUCUAUCCCCAAGUCUGGCCAGCUUCACGAUUGGUUUCGGUAUCAUCUCCACUUUUUUAUUAGUCAUCAUUUCUCUUAGUUUUCCUACAAUUUGUAGUAUUUUUAGUGCGACUUCACUACUUUACUUUGGUCUAUCUUGCACUGCUUUGUUUACUUCGGCUCUAUUUUUUCAUGACGUAUUUGUAAUUUACACGGAACAGCACUAA